AUGGGAAUUCCUGGUAUUUACAUUGUUGACAGGCGGUUUCGCUCUCCAGACGAUUCUUGCAAUCAGCUGACUCAGUUUCUCUAUGGAUUUUGCAAACAGUCACGCCGCCAAAGAAUUAUCCAGAGGAAUCGAACUGAGAGGCUCUCAGAUCUUCUGGACUGGAGAUACUUAGGCAGAUAUCACCAGCAUGCCAGGCACCUGACAUUAAGCAGAGCUUUUCCAGACAAAUUCCAUAUGGAACCCAUAUCACCACCAACGACAGAAGGGUUUAAAUACCCCAGACCUUCCUCAGUUCCUCCUUCUCCAUCAGGAUCUCAGGUCUCCAGUCCUCAAAGCAGUGAUGUGGAAGAUGAAGAUGAGGAGGAUCGAUACGAUGAGGAAGAGGAGGCAGAAAGGGACCGGUUAAAUAUCAAGUCACCUUUUUCCCUGGGUCAUAUUCCUCAGGGGAAGAAAAAGCUGCAUGGUGAAUACAAGAACUGAACUCCACCCUUGCUGGGCAGAGUUAAUAUAGUGAGAACACAGUAGGAAUGACAUGUAUUCUUGAAAUGUAUUCUCUGCCUGGAACAUGGAGAUUGAGUGGCAAUUUUUGUAAUUUAUAAAAAAAAAAAUCCAAAUUCUUUUCCCAGAUUCCUUUUCCCCAGCGCAUUUAGGUGUGAGGAAGGAUAUUAAUUAAAGAGGAAAGACUGGGGAGUGUUUUUUUAAAUAGAUAAGAAUUUUCCUUGACGACUAUUUUAAAAUUUUUAUUUUAAAAUUGCCAUCACCAUAAUUCUUUGCUUAGCAUUUAUACAGCUUCCAUACCCUACCAAAACAGUCCCCCAUCGCCCUCAAAGGCCUUGAUCUUAGCCAUGAAUGUGAACUACCUACAUGUUUCAAACUUGGCCUUAGCAAUUAUUUUCAUUUUUCACAUGAAUCAGAACCAUGAAUUUAUAGCUAACUUUGCAGACAAUCAAAAUUCAUUAGAAAUAAGCUAUCCUAGGUCCCGAUCUAGAUGCAUAUUAUUGUAUAUUACAAGGUCACUUCUCAAAUAAAUCAUAGGAAAAUGUUACUAUCUGUUCUGUCCAUCCAACUGUAACAAUUUUUCUGUUAAAAAGGAAAACCUUUUUGAAAACUUGUUCAAUCAUCUGCAAAUAAUAAAUUGUUAGCUACAAAUAAAUA